AGCGCUGCGAGUGCGAGGCAGAGAGAGCGCCUCGAUUACUUUCGCUGGCUUUCCGCCGGCGGCGUCAGCGCAUGCAUCACUCACCCGAGAUCUCCUCGAUCACUUUCGCGUGGCUUUCCGCCGGCGGCGUCAGCGCAUGCAUCACUCACCCCAGCUUGCCGCUCUGAAACUCGUAUAAAGAGUAGGCCACUGCCGCGAGAGCCACCCCGUUCUGCGCGCACCUGGUGCAGGGAGGGGACGUGGUGACCAAGGUAGAGGAGGAGAUGGGGAAGGCGGCGGAGACGGUGGUGCUGGCCGUGAACGGCCAGAGGUACGAGGCGGCCGGCGUGGACCCGUCGACGACGCUGCUCGAGUUUCUGCGCACGCAGACGCCCGUCAGGGGCCCCAAGCUUGGCUGCGGCGAAGGCGGCUGCGGUGCAUGCGUCAUCCUCGUCUCCAAGUACGACCCGGCCACCGACGAGGUGACCGAGUUCUCGGCGAGCUCAUGCCUGACGCUACUCUGCAGCGUGGACCGCUGCUCGGUGACCACCAGCGAGGGCAUCGGCAACACCAGGGAUGGCUACCACCCCGUGCAGCAGCGUCUGUCCGGCUUUCACGCCUCGCAGUGCGGCUUCUGCACGCCCGGCAUGUGCAUGUCCAUCUUCUCCGCGCUCGUCAAGGCCGAGAAGGCGGCCAACCGCCCCGCCCCGCCCGCCGGCUUCUCCAAGCUCACCGCCUCCGAGGCCGAGAGGGCCGUCUCGGGCAACCUGUGCCGCUGCACCGGAUACAGGCCCAUCGUCGACGCCUGCAAGAGCUUCGCGGCUGACGUCGACCUCGAGGACCUAGGCCUCAACUGCUUCUGGAAGAAAGGUGACGAACCUGCAGAUGUCAGCAAGCUGCCGGGCUACAACACUGGCGCCGUAUGCACCUUCCCGGAGUUCCUCAAGUCCGAGAUCAAGUCUUCUUUGCAACAGGCAAAUGGUGCUCCGGUGGCAGUCAAUGACGUCGGCUGGUACCACCCCAAGAGCAUCGAAGAGCUUCACAGGCUGUUUGAUUCUAACUGGUUUCAUGAAAGCUCUGUGAAGAUUGUGGCUUCAAACACUGGGUCUGGAGUGUACAAGGAACAUGACCUCUAUGACAGGUACAUUGACAUCAAAGGGAUCCCAGAGCUUUCAGUCAUCAACAGAAACAGCAAGGGAAUUGAGCUUGGAUCAGUUGUGUCCAUCUCUAAAGCCAUUGAGGUGUUGUCAGAUGGAAACAUGGUCUUCAGAAAGAUUGCAAAUCACCUAAACAAAGUGGCUUCGCCGUUCGUUCGGAACACCGCAACCAUAGGUGGAAACAUAAUCAUGGCACAGAGGUUGCCAUUCGCGUCCGAUAUUGCCACCGUACUGCUAGCUGCAGGUUCAACGGUCACCAUUCAGGUGGCUUCCAAAAGGCUGUGCCUCACUUUGGAGGAGUUCUUGCAGCAGCCUCCAUGUGAUUCUAGGACCCUGCUGCUGAGCAUAUUUAUCCCAGAUUGGGGUUCAGAUGGCAUCACCUUUGAGACUUUCCGAGCAGCCCCUCGUCCAUUUGGCAAUGCUGUCUCAUAUGUCAAUUCUGCUUUCUUGGCAAGAACUUCAGUAGAUGAAGCAUCAGGGGAGCAUCUCAUUGACGAUAUAUGCUUGGCAUUUGGCGCUUACGGUGUUGAUCACGCCAUCAGAGCUAGGAAGGUUGAGGAUUACCUGAAAGGCAAAUCGGUGAGCUCGUCUGUUAUACUUGAAGCAGUCCGGUUGCUUAAAAAUACUGUUUCACCAUCAGAAGGCGCAACACAUCCCGAAUACAGGAUCAGCUUGGCUGUCAGUUUCUUGUUCAGCUUCGUUUCUUCCCUUGCCAACAGCUCGAGUGCAUCUGCAAAGAUUGAUACUCCCAUUGGGUCAUAUACUAAUGGAACUACAAAUGGUAGCACUGAGUACUCACUGGAGAAGCAUCUGAAGGUUGACAGCAAUGAUUUGCCAAUACGGUCAAGGCAAGAAAUGGUUUUCACUGAAGAAUACAAGCCAGUUGGCAAGCCAAUCAAGAAAGUCGGGGCAGAGCUCCAAGCUUCUGGGGAGGCUGUGUACGUUGAUGAUAUCCCUGCUCCCAAGGAUUGCCUCUAUGGAGCAUUUAUCUACAGCACACAUCCCCAUGCUCAUGUAAAGGGUAUCAAGUUCAAGUCAUCUUUGGCUUCACAAAAAGUCGUCACAGUUAUCACCGCAAAGGAUAUUCCCAGUGGUGGAGAAAAUGUUGGAUCUGGCUUCCUGAUGCUAGGAGACGGAGACGAAGUACUUUUUGCUGAUCCAGUUGCUGAAUUUGCUGGUCAAAAUAUUGGUGUCGUGAUUGCUGAAACACAGAAGUACGCCUAUAUGGCGGCAAAGCAAGCUGUUAUUGAGUAUAGCACGGAAAGUCUGCAGCCACCGAUUCUGACAAUAGAAGACGCCAUCCAACAUAACAGCUACUUCCAAACUCCCCCAUUUUUAGCUCCUAAGCCAGUCGGUGACUACAACAAAGGAAUGUCUGAAGCUGAUCACAAGAUUUUAUCAGCAGAGGUAAAACUUGAAUCCCAGUACUAUUUCUACAUGGAGACACAAGUGGCGCUAGCUAUUCCUGAUGAAGAUAACUGCAUAACCAUCUAUUCCUCGACACAAAUACCUGAGCUGACACAAAGUGUGGUUGCAAGGUGCCUUGGCAUUCCAUGUCACAAUGUUCGUGUCAUCACCAGAAGAGUUGGAGGAGGCUUUGGUGGAAAGGCAAUGAAGGGAAUACAUGUCGCAUGUGCAUGUGCCGUCGCUGCAUUCAAGCUGCGGCAUCCUGUUAGGAUGUACGUCGACCGCAAGACGGACAUGAUAAUAACAGGCGGGCGGCAUCCUAUGAAGGCAAAGUACUCCGUUGGGUUCAAGUCAGACGGCAAGAUCACAGCCCUGCACCUCGAUCUUGGGCUCAAUGCUGGGAUAGCACUGGAUCUGAGUCCAUUGAUACCAGCUCACACCAUUGGGACUUUGAAAAAGUACAACUGGGGCGCUCUUGCAUUUGACAUCAAGGUCUGCAAGACGAAUCUCUCAUCGAAGUCAACGAUGCGAGCUCCAGGAGAUGUACAGGGUUCUUUCAUCGCGGAAGCCAUCAUUGAGCAUGUUGCCUCCGCACUAUCGGUCGACACUAACACCAUAAGGAGGAAGAACCUUCAUGACUUCGAGAGCCUUGCAGUUUUCUACGGAGAAAGUGCAGGUGAAGCUUCUACAUACAGCCUGGUCUCCAUGUUCGAUAAUCUGGCCUCGUCACCAGACUACCAGCGCAGAGCUGCAAUGGUCGAGCACUUCAAUAGCAGCAACAAGUGGAAGAAACAUGGCAUUUCUUGUGUGCCAAUCACAUAUGAGGUGCAACUUCGGCCGACUCCAGGCAAGGUGUCUAUCAUGAAUGAUGGUUCCAUUGCUGUCGAGGUCGGAGGAGUUGAGAUUGGGCAAGGGCUGUGGACUAAAGUGAAACAGACGGCGGCGUUUGGGUUGGGACACUUGUGUCCUGACGGCGGCGAAUGCCUCCUCGACAAGGUGCGGAUUGUCCAGGCUGACACAUUGAGCAUGAUCCAGGGAGGGUUCACCGGUGGGAGCACCACUUCUGAAACUAGCUGCGAAGCGGUUCGACAGUCGUGCGCUGCGCUUGUCGAGAGGCUGAAGCCUUUUAAGGAGAGUCUGGAAGCUAAGGCUGGCACAGUGGAGUGGAGUGCCUUGAUUGCUCAGGCAAGUAUAGCGAGUGUGAACUUAUCGGCGCAGGCAUACUGGACUCCUGACCCAACUUUCAAGAGCUACUUGAACUAUGGAGCUGCCAUCAGUGAGGUGGAAGUUGAUGUUCUGACAGGAGCAACCACAAUCCUACGUAGCGACCUCGUGUACGAUUGCGGACAGAGCCUGAACCCCGCUGUAGACUUGGGCCAGGUCGAAGGCGCAUUUGUCCAAGGAGUAGGCUUCUUCACGAACGAGGAAUACGCGACGAACUCCGACGGCAUGGUCAUCCACGACGGCACAUGGACGUACAAGAUCCCCACGGUCGAUACCAUCCCGAAGCAGUUCAAUGUCCAACUUAUCAACAGCGCCCCCGACAAGAAGCGUGUCCUCUCUUCGAAAGCGUCGGGCGAGCCGCCGCUGCUUCUCGCGUCGUCGGUGCACUGCGCGAUGAGGGAGGCCAUCAGGGCCGCCAGGAAGGAGUUCUCGGUCUGCACCGGGCCCGCGAACUCCGCCAUGACGUUCCAGAUGGACGUGCCGGCAACGAUGCCCGUCGUCAAGGAGCUCUGCGGUCUCGACGUCGUCGAGAGGUACCUCGAGAGCGUGUCUGCUGCCGGCCCAACCACCGCGAAAGCAUAGAUCCUGGCCUCAGGCUGCAGCCGGCGCACUGCUCGUGAUGAAUGAGGUUAAUCAGCGUAAAAUAAUGGCAUUUCUAGCUUGUUUAGCCUGGACGUCAUGCGUGUGCAGAAGAGAUAGCAAUGGCGGGCAGUGAGCUGUGGUGUUGUGUAUCAGGAGUGAUGAACAGUGUAUAGGGAAAAUGAAGCUAAAUAAGUGUCGGGCAGGGCCAACGGCGGACCCAGAACAAA